AUGAUACUCCUCUCCGACCUGCCCCUAGAGGUGGGCACCGCCAUUCUCAGCUAUGUAUCGCCCCUCGACCUGCUGUCCGUCAGCCUGGCCAGCAAAUCCAUGCAGAGCUACGUCCAGGGCAACAGCCAGCUGCACCGCCUCGUCUACUGCAAUUACUUUGACAAACCCGCGAGAUCGGAUAUCAAUUGGGAACGCGAGCUGGUUGACUUCCGGCGACUGCGCAGCAUCUGCCACAGCAAGAGCACCUCCAAGGAGACCGAGCUCGACCUCGUCGCCCGCCUGGUCAAGCAGUACCUGGGCGUCGCCUGCGAGACCACCAAGGGCGGCUUCGACCUCAGCACGCGGACCCACCGCAACGCCCGCCGGCUCGCCCGCCUCAUCAAAGGCCGCUGCAACUACGAGGCAUUCUUUUGCCGGUCGUUUCUCUACGACCGGAUCCGCAACACGGCCGCCGCGGCAGGGCUGCCGUCGGCAUCGACGUCACGUCCAGUCGCAGCACUCACCUUUCCGGCCACGCCGCAGGCCCACCACCAGACGAGCGCCGAGCUGCACUGCUUGCUGGGUGCCGUGCUGCUCAAGUACGUGGUGGCGUCCGACCGGGCGGCCGAUGCGUACCCGUUUGCCGUCAGCAAAGUGUACGACAUGCGCGAGUACACGCGGGCCAGCCUCUGGGGGCCCUUUAUGGCGGACGGGUCCGGGCGGGUGGACUGGGAGAAGGUCGAGGCCAUCAUGAUUGUGCUGCGCGCCAACAUUCUGAGAAAGGGCUUUCUGCGGUAUGGGGUCGUGGCGGCGUACUGGAACAGCACGUUCCAGGGCAGCUCGCCGGGCAGCUACCGGCCGCUGGUGGCCAACGCACACAUGGACGCGCUGCCGGACGACACGGUGCCGCUGGAUGCGGAGGACCCGUACGGCGUGACGGGCACGUGGAUGCGCUUGGUGAGCUUUCUGGACUACUCGGACUUUUUCCGGUUCAAUUUCCCCGACGAAGACGACCAGCCCAACAACGUGCCGGUGCCGGACGACGUGCCGCGGCCGCCGUUUCUGUCCGAGGAGGAGCUGCGCUUGAUUGUCAUGGAGAUCCACGUGACCCGAAUCGAAUGGCGCGAUGGGCGGCCGCAACCGGACGAAGAAGCGGACAGCGCAGGGCAGCGGGCCAGCAGCCCCGCGGCCGACGACGGCAUGUACGACAACACCCACCCGGACUUUCCCGUCGUCCACUUCCACGGCAUGUCGCACAGCGUCGACAGCCCCUGGGACGACAAUGCCAACUCGGGCCUUUACGGCACCGUCCGCACCACCAAGGAGGGCCACGUCCGCUGGACCACGUUCUCCACCUUUGACGGGCACCCCCGCUGGCGCAGCGAGGGCAUCCAGGUCGGCGGCCGGCGCUCGGGGCGCGGCGUGCUCGGCAACUGGUUCGACGCCGGCUUCGACCGGCGGGGCCCCUGCGGGCCGACGGCGUUUUGGAAGGUGCAUGCCAAGAAGGUGGAGCCGCUGCCGGCCAGUCCGCCGGGCUUCAACGGCUUUCCGUUUGGCGGGACGGUGCCGUCGUUUAUGUACCUGCUGCACAGCACCAAUGCUUUGAAUUCGGCCACCUGGUCGCGUCCGGCGGGCCAGGGCGCUGCGGCGGGGACGUCCGGCCCCACGACGCGGAGCAUGACGGCCGCAGCCGCCAACAACGACAACCACGAUCACGACAACAACAACGACGACGACGACGACGACGACGACGGUGUGUUUGACGGCGCCAGCGAAGACGACCAGCAGCCCGUCAGCUUCCUCCCGGCCUUCCAGGAACCUCGGCACCUCUACACCUACCUGGAGCUGCCCCUGGGCGCCUACGUGGAGGCCCAAUUCCAGAUUGUCGACGAGCUGGGCGGCAAUCUUGCCAUGUGGGACAGCGAGGAGGAGGAGGAGGAGGAGGAGCAUCCGUUUGCCGUAUAA